UGGUUGGUGCAUGGGCCGGCUGGUUCGGAGCUGCGUGCGUGUGAGCGCUGGGCGCACAGAGCUUCCCGCACGCUGCAUCCCCACUGGUUCUCCCGCAGUGCCGGCUCCUAUAAACGCCGGCAGGCGAGGUUCGUGACUGGCGGCCGGCUCCGUCGGAAGCGCGAUGGCUGGGUUCUAUGGUUGUCUGAAGAUUGCAGAAUGCUGGCUGUGUGCUUCCUUCUCACUCUUAAGUGGACAACAGAGCAAUGUCCAGCUGGGUGAUCUUAGUAUGGCUGACUCACUAAAUGAAGCUUCUGGCAAUCUGGAAGUUCUGGAGGGCAGUGAUGAGGGAAAGAAGAAAUCCAAAUUUAAAGCCUUAAAGAGUUUUUUUGGCAAGAAGAAAAGAAAAGAGCCUGAAGGUGCCCAGGGAGGGAGGAGCAGCCUGAAACAAAGCUCGUCCAGCAGCAGCAUUAACAACUCUUCUCUGAAUCUGGUUCAGGAAGGUCAACAACCUAAGUUAAGGGUCAAGAGAACCAUGAGGAGCAAAUCCUUGUCCCAUGACAGCAUCUUCAUGUUGGAUUCUGAGUCUGAAAGAUCAGAAAGUAAAAUAUAUCCUUCUCCGGAGCCCCAGAGAGGCAGAACUCUGGAGAGAUCUCAUGUUUCCAGAACUCUGCCUAUCACUGGUAGUACGCAUAGAUCUGUUUCUGGAGCUCUGCUUGAAGUUAAGCCCCAUUACGUGCACAGAAGUGGCAUCUGGGUUGGAGGAUCCAAGAUCACUGAGAUCCCACCACUGCGCUCACGCCAGCCCAACAUCAGCCCACCUCUUACACCAUCUGACACAGUCUCUGAUGAUGAUGAGUCACCUAAGACCCCACAAAAGAAGGAUUUACUACAGAAGACAUUGACGAUGAAGAAGAGUGCCUUUGAGCCCUCAUCUAGACCCAUCCGUGCACAGUCCUUGACAACAUUUGCCAUGCUCAGCUCUCCCAGCAGCCCCCAGCUGCCUGUUGGUUUCAGCACCCCAGCUACCACCCAGGGCUGUCUGGAUUCUUCAGCUGCUCGACACAAAAUGGCUUUGAACCCCCGAAAACAAAAGAAGAAACUUCAAGCAAAGCCAAAGCAGGAGGAGCCAAGCUUUCCACUGGUUUCUGAAGAGGAGAGUAAAACCAAACUGCAAGCAGCUAAUCAAAAGAAGCUCAAAAAAGACAGUGCAGGUCCCUCAAGUCAGGAACAGAGCAACAAAACUGAGAUUUAUAAGGCAACAGAUCAGGCUGCAAACACAGAUGAUGCUGAGAGUCAGGGCUACUCAUGGCCAGCAGCAUAUGGCAGACGACGUGGAAGAAAAGAAUCAAGUGCUUCAGGCACGAGUGAGUGUGGACCCAGAGGAAGGAGCUCUAAACAAUCCAUUGAAGAGCUUGGCUUAGGAGAUAGAGCUGGGUACCCACCUGCCGAUAAUAUCACCAGGGGUAGCCCUUUCCAGCACUUGUCCUUGGAGAAACAAGUCAUGAAGCAGCCCAGAGUUCUGCAAUUAGAAACCACUACUCCUCAGGAGUUGCUUUCAGAUAAAAAUGACAUGGGAAGGAGAAAGGCAGGUUUCGAUUUUAAAACCCAAAAAGCAUCGGUAUCAUAUCCCAUACCUAAAGACAUGAAAGAGUCCAUGGCUAGUGGUCCAUCACAAUAUCAUGAAGAAGGGGCUUUUGGAACCAAGAAGUCAGAAGCCAGAGCUUCUCUUUUGGUGGAAAGCUCUUCUACAUCCCAAGAAGAUGUCAUGUUCUCAGUGCCAGGGGAGGCUCAGGUGUGUUUGGAUCCUUCUCAUAGCCAGUCAGAAGAGGAAGAUUCCUCCAGUUCUGAUUCAGAAAGUGCCCAGUAUGAAAUGGAGUCAGUUCAGGAUACCUCAACUAUCUGCAAAGAAAAGCCUCCUGGAAAUGUCCUCCAGGCCUUUCCAGCAAGCGUUUUGGAUAUGGCAAGUGCUUUAGCAGAGGGAGGCAUUUCCCAGUCUUUGGGGAAGCCAGAAGCUGAAGGAGUCUCCUCAGAUUCAGAUAGUAAUUCGGAGGUGGAAAGUGGUUCUGAGCAGCAGCUGGGUCCCGGAUACUUAUUCCAAUCCUCGAGGAAGCCCGAAGAUGAAGAAUUCUCCUCAGAUUCAGAGAGUGCCUCUUCAGAGGAGGGCAGUGGUUCUGAACAGCAGCUGGAUCCCAAAUAUUCUUUCCAGCCCUUGAGGAAGUCCAAAGAUGAUCAAGAAGCUUUCACAGAAUCAAGCAGUUUUGUUGGGAAGUUGAGCAGUUCUCCUGAGCAGCUGGCUCCCAAAUGUGCUUCCCAGGCUUUGGGGGAGCCUGAAGACAAAGUGUCAACAGAAUCAAAUAGUUAUUUUGAAAAAUGCAUUAAUGCUAAGGAUUGGAGCAGUUCUGAGGAAGAUACACCUCCCAGGAACCCUUCUCAGGCCUUGGGGAAGCCCACAGACGAACAGGAAACCUCCUCAGUUUCAAAGCGUAUACUCGAGGAUUGGGGUGUAUCUGUGGAGCAGAUUUCUCCUAGACAACUUCCUCAGCCCUUUGUGAAGCCACUUGUUCAGCAACAACUCUCUUCAGGUUCAACGAGUGCUUUUUCGGAAUGGAUGCCAAUGCCUCCCAGGCACCUUUUUCAGCCCUGGCUGAGCCCUAAAUCUGAGCAACAAGCCUCUGCAGGUGCAGAGAGCACUGCUUCUGAGUGGGGCAUUUUUAUGGAGCCGCUGCCUCCCAGAGUACCUUCAAAGCGCCUGAUGAGGCGUAAAGUUGAGCAACCAAUCUCUUCAGGCACAGAAAUGGCUACUACUGAAGGGGCCACUUCUCUGGAGCUGCAGCCUUCGAGAAAUCAUUCUCUGCCCCCAGGGAAACCAAUAGUUGAGCAAGAAACCUCUGCAGAUCCAGAGAGCCCAGCUGUAAAGGGGAGCAUCUCUAUGGAGCCUCUGCCUCCUAAUGUUACUGCCCAGCCCUUGAUGAGCCCAAAAGUUGAACAAAAUAUGUUCAUAAGUUCAGGGGGUGCUGAGAAGGUCAUUUCAGUGCAGCCAACAUCCUCUGAAUGUUGUCCCCAAUGCUUGACAAAUCCUCAAGACCAGCAUAUCUUCUCAGAAAACACUGCUAGUAAUGAGACUAUGUUUGUGGAGCUCCCGCCUCCAAACUGCCCUUGCGAGCCCUUGGUGAGGCCUAACAUCCAGCCACAGGCUAUUUCCUGCGACCCAGGGAGUGCUUCCACAGAAUGGAGCAGUCCCGUGGAGUCGAUGCCUCCCAGACCCACCUUCUGCCCCUGGGGGAGCACCAGCUUUGAACAACAACCCUCUGCAGAUCCAGAGAGCACUGCUCAAGAGUGGGGAAUUACUGUGGAGCCACUGCCUCCAAGAAUGCCUUCUCAGCCCCUAAUGAGAUCAGCUGCUGAGCAAGAAGUCCCCUCAGGUUCAGUGAGUGCUCCUGCAGAAUGGAGUGGUCUCGCACAACCAAUGCCCCCCAGAUACAAUUUCCAGCCCUGGGUGAGCUCUAAAUUUAAGCAACAAACCUAUGCAAGUCCAGAGAGCACUGGGACUGACAGGAGCAUUUCUAUGGAGCCUCUGCCUCCCAGAAAGCCUUCUAAGCCUGUGAUGAAACCAGUAAUCAAACAACCGAUCUCUGCAGGUCCAAAGAGUGUUGCCACUGAGGGGAACACUUCUACAGAGCUGCCACCUCCCAGACAUUGGUCCAUUGUGAGACAUAAAGUCCAGCAAAUGAUGCCAACUUUUGAGAAUGCUGCUGUUGGAUGUGUUUCUGGGAGGCCACUGCCUCUUGAAUAUCCCACCCACUUCUCAAUAAAGUCUAAAAUUCAGGAAAUAUCCUCGCUUCCACAGAACACUGCUGUUGAAGGAGGCAAGUCUAAGAAAUCGUCACAUCCCAGGUGUCCUUCCCAGUCAUUCGUGAAGUUUAUGGCACAAAAUAUAUUUUCAGAGAACCCUAGUAUGGAGAAGCAGGUUUAUGUGGAUCUUCUGUCUUCAAAACAAGCUUCCAAAUCUUUGCUGUGGCCUAAAGUUGAGCACCAAGCUUUCUCAGGCUGGGAGAGUGCCGAUAUUGAGGGAGGCAUUUCAUCGAAGCUGCUGCCUAUGCAAUACCCUUUACAGUCCUUGGGAAGGCCUGAAGACGCACAAGAAGUUUUCUCAUAUUCAGAAAAUGCUCCAGUGAAGUGUAGCUUUCCUCAAGAGAAGGUGCCUCCCAGAUACCUCUCCCAGGCCUGGGGGAAGCUUGAGUAUGAGCAAAAAGUCUCAGUUACUAAGAGCUCUCUUGAAGAAUCGAAGUGUUCUGGAAAGCAGCUGCCUUCCAGAUACCCUGUCCAAGCUGCGGAUGGGGCUGGAUUGCAGCGACAGAUGACCUCCACAGGCUCAGUGAGUGUACCUGUAGAGUGGAGCAGUGCUGAGAGUCACAUGCUUCCCAGACACGCUUUUCAGGCUUUUGCACACCUUGAAUAUCAACAACAAGUUUAUCCAAGAGCCAUGAGUGCUGCUGCUAAGGGCACCAUUUUUGAGAGCAAUCCUAGAAGGUGGACCCUACCAAGAGGUCCAGCUUCUCCAAGCAAAACCAGGAAACACAGCCAAGGCUCUGAAGAUGUCACUAAGAACAUCUCGACUCCUGCUACCAAACCUGUGAAGUUCACCGUCGCUCCUACCUGGCCACCAUCCACUUCUGGGGACACUUACUCUAAGGAGGAGGUUCUUGAGAGUAGUGAUCCAAAUAACAGCUAUUCAAAUUUAUCCACCAGUGAGGCUGAUGUUGAAAGCCUUUUUGGAGUCCGACUGAGGAGGACCCCUUCCUCUCAGAAGUACAAGAGUAAGGAACAAAGCCAUUUUAACAAGCUUCCUUCACUCUCCUUGGGCCCAAUUUCAUCUCCCGGAGAUAAACCACAAAUCAGAAGUGCUUCCCAGGGGCUCCUGGGCAUCACAGAGAACCUCACCGCAACAUCUGACAUUGCAGAGAAGCAACAGAGCAAGCCGAAAUCUGAGAGCAUGAUCAAGAAGCAACCUGAAUACAAAAUCCCAGGAAAGGCUCCUGGUCAACAAUCAGGUUAUGCCACCUCACAGCCAUCUUGGGUAACCAUGGCAAAGCAGAGACAGAGGAAUUUCCCUACCCAGGUUCCUCUGAAAGAACUGAAAACCAAGACUAGAGCUGGAGCAACGGCUGACACUAAGGCGCCUAGAUAUGAGGGAGCUGGCCUUGCACAAAACCAACAAACAGAAAUUUCCACUUCCAUUGUCAAUAGACAGAAGAUGGCACAGAUGAAGCUACUGGAAUCUACCAAAGCAGUUCCAGUAGGAUUUGAAAGUGAGAAGAUAUUUCAAGUGCCUGCCAUGAGAAAAGAAACCAGACCAUCUUCAGCUCACCCAGCCAUGUUCCAAGAGCCAGUUGAGCCAGUCUGGUUCUCCAUGGCCAAGAAGAAAGCCAAAGCAUGGAGCCACAUAACAGAAACCAUGCAAUAAAUAGUUCCUGGGUGGAGCAUCAGCAUUUCAAAUGAUAGUUGCCAAGAGUUGCAUUAAUGCCAUAUAGUGAUUUAUUUACUAUAAUCAUUUUUAGUAAGCAAAAAAGCCUUAAAAUGGGAAUUAAAGCUAAUAAUUGUGUGAGUGAAACAAAUGCCAGGAAUGCCUAAUGUUUAGUACAGUCACUGCCAGCAUCUGAAAACCCAGCAUUUUCUCUAUAAAAACUAUGUAAAAUGUUUGCAGUACUGUAGAAUUUGGAAAUCUUUUACUUUGGAUAAUGUGAUUUAGAAGGGCAAAAGCAAAAACAUUUUGUUGGAGCAACUAAGAUAAGGGCCAUUUCCCUUGAUCAAAUGAAUUAAUUUUAGUGGAAAUAGCCAGAUGAUUUGGUCCAAGGAUUGGCUUUUAGGCUUAUGAGCCUAGUUAAGUGCUUCAGUUCUUUGGUUGCUGCUCCAAGCUUUGCAAAGGCCCCUAGAAGAGAUGGUGGAAGUGAAAAUUCUGGGUCUUCAAGAAAAAUUUUGCACUGCCUGUCCCUCAGUCAGCCCAGUGCCUUUUGAAACACCUUCUUUGUAUACCUGGGAACCUCCAAUGCCUGCAAUUUAUUCAGAGCUCUCUUUCCACAUUCACCAUGUCAACCUGUCACAGGUCUGGCAGCAGUGAAUAAUACCUUCCUAUGAGACAGAAUUUUUCUUGGGGAUUAUCAUGCUCUGGAUGGUUAGUUCAUCACUGUUUGACUGCUUGCCCCAACGCCACUGUGACUCUCUCCAGUUGCUCAGAAGUGUACUAGAUAUCAUACAUAUCUUGUUUUAUAAGCACUGGAGACCCUGUUGAAAUUCAAAAUUCUGUUUUGUUGUUGUUGUUAAUCCUCACCCAAGGAUAUUUUUUCCAUUGAUUUUU